AUGGAUAUUUUUGUGCUUGGAUCUUGUCCUCAACACGAGCGUUUAGUAGUCCAUCCCCAUACACUCUAUGUUCACUCAUACAAGACACCUACAUUUUGUGAUUUUUGUGGGGAAUUACUUUUUGGACUAGUUAAACAAGGAUUGAAAUGUCAAGGUUGCGGUUUAAACUACCACAAGCGUUGUGCCUCCAAAAUUCCAAACAAUUGUAGCGGUAGUAGACAACGUAGACCUUCGGCUAUACCUUUGUCACCCCGAAAUUCAGUUGGAUUUCAAUCGCCAAUUUUUGGUAGCGGCAACAUUUCUUCUCAAGCAUUAAAUGGCCUUUCUACAACUCUCCCACCUAGAGCAUCAUUUUCCUCGGCAUCUUUUACAGAAACUUCAAGUGUUGUUUCUUCUAUAUUUCCUUGUACAACUUGCAAUAAUAAUUUAAAAAAUUUAUCAACAAUAUCAACAAAUUCUAAUAAUUCAAAUAUUAAAAAUCAAAAAGAAGAAAAAGGAGGAGGAGGAGGGACACAACAACAACAACAGCCAGCUAUUUGUGUUACUAGUGAACGGUCUUUGGAUGAUGGAGAUCCGAUUGGAGGAAAUUUUCUUCAAAUGUCUCGUAAAGAUCGAAGCAGCAGUUGGAGCGGAAGACCUUUAUGGAUGGAAGUGGCAGAAGCAACUAGAAUUAAAGUUCCCCAUACAUUCCAAGUUCACAGCUAUAAACGUCCUACAGUCUGCCAACAUUGUAAAAAACUUUUAAAAGGGUUAAUACGUCAAGGACUUCAAUGCAGGGACUGCAAAUAUAAUUGCCACAAAAAGUGUGCCCAACACGCAGCUAAAGAUUGUGCUGGAGGGUUAUCAGCAACAUCCCCCUUUAAUUGUCAAUUGAGUGAUCGAGGAAUGCAAGCGGGAAGUGAAGAAAUACUAAAUGACGAAGAUUUAACUGCAACAACAACAAUUUCAACAAAUUCUCGUUUGCAAAAACCUUGGGCUCAAUCAACUCCGAGUGCUCCUCUUUCCAGUACAGAGAAGGAAAAUACUAGCAGCAGCAAAACAGGAAAAAUCAGACAACAACAAAAGGAAGAACAACAAAAGACAAUAAAUACAAUGACUGAUUUAGAUGAAGAUGAGGAUUUAAAUAUUGCUAAAGAAAGUGCAAAUAUUCCAUUAAUGCGUGUUGUUAUGUCCAAAAAACAAACAAAAAGGCCAACAACAAAUAGGGCACUUAAAGAAGGAUGGAUGGUGCAUUAUACAGAAAGGCAUUCUAUGAGGAAAAAGCAUUUUUGGCGAUUAGACCCUAAAGCAAUUACUAUGUUUAAAGAUGAGACAGCAAGUAGUUAUUAUAAGGAAAUCCCAUUGAGUGAAGUUCUAGAAGUUAAAAUAGCACCAGGCAUAGAAGAGGAUCAUACAGAGCUGAGCCGCAGUCCAACACACUUUUUUGAGAUUAGAACCCAUACUUCAACUUAUUUUAUUGGUAGUCCUCAACAAUUAGAAGAUUCUUCAUCAUCAUCCCAACUUUCUUCAACUUCAGAAAAAGUUUUUUCCCCAGAAAAACAAUUAAAAACAGCAAUUGCCAACGCUUCACAAUGGGCCCAAGCAAUAAAACAAGCAUUAAUGCCAGUAACCCCCCAACAAUCGAGUAACCAACCUUCUCUAAAUUUUAACAAAGAAAGAGAAAUAUCAAAAAAUGGACAAAAAGAUUUACAAAAAAAUUCCAAACAAAUAAAUCAAACAAAUAAUGAAAUUGGGCAUUUGGGUGUUCAAAUACAAAGUGAACAAGAAUUCUCUCAACUUUAUCAAAUAUUUGCUGAUGAAGUUUUGGGGUCUGGACAGUUUGGGACUGUUUAUGGAGGUAUUCAACGGAAAACAGGAAAACAUGUAGCCGUUAAAUUAAUCGACAAACUUAAAUUUCCAAGCAAUAAAGAAGCUGCACUUAGAACAGAAGUUGAAAUAUUACAAAAAGUUAGGCAUCCAAGUGUUGUGGAAUUUCAGCAAAUGCUUGAGACGCCCGACAGAAUUUUUGUUGUUAUGGAGAAAUUAAAGGGUGAUAUGCUUGAAAUGAUACUUUCUUCUGAGAAGGGAAGGCUUUCAGAACGUAUUACGCAAUUUUUAGUUCAUCAGAUUUUAAUUGCCCUUCAAUAUUUACAUAGCCAAAAUAUUGUCCAUUGUGAUUUAAAACCAGAAAAUAUUUUAUUAACUUCCGAUUCUGAUUUUCCACAAGUUAAACUUUGUGAUUUUGGUUUUGCAAGAAUAAUUGGAGAACGUUCUUUUCGACGUUCUGUUGUUGGUACUCCAGCCUAUUUGGCACCUGAAGUUCUUCGAAAUAAAGGAUUUAAUAGAUCUUUGGAUAUGUGGUCUGUUGGUGUUAUUGUUUAUGUAAGCCUUUCUGGUACUUUUCCAUUUAAUGAAGAUGAAGAUAUUAAUGACCAAAUUCAAAAUGCUGAAUUUAUGUAUCCCCCCAAUCCUUGGAAGGAAGUUAGUGCUGAAGCAAUAGAGUUUAUCAGUUCUUUAUUACAAGUUAAAAUGAGUAAAAGACUUACUGUUUCUAAAUCGUUGGCACAUAUUUGGUUGCAAAGCUAUCAGGUGCUUUUAAACUUUCAAAUAUUUUCUAUUAGCCCUCCCUCUCUCUCAUUUAUCCCUCCCUCCCUUUUGUUUAUUACCUCUAUUUGGGGGGGGUUGUGAUAAUCGGCAGUACAUAUUUCUCUAUUUUAAAAUAAUUUAUUUUUAUUUUUCUCAGCUUUGGUCUGAUUUGCGAUUGCUAGAAAAAGAAGUUGGUGAACGCUUUGUAACACAUCCUAGCGAUGAUCAACGAUGGAAGGACCAUGAAAAUGAACGGGGAAUUACUCCAGUCUAUUGAAUGAAUUUAAUUAUUAUUGAUUAUAUUAAUUAAUUAAUUUUGUGUUUUUUUGUUUUUUUUUUAAUAUUUUUUUCAAAAGUGUUUUAAUGUAAAAUCUUUUUUAGGUACUAUUUUUAAUAUUUCUUUGUAAAUUUAAUUUUUUUCGUUCCAUAUCCGGUGAUAUUCUUUUUAUAUAUUUAAUUAAUUUUCAUUUAAAUAUUUUUAAUUUUUCUCCAAUUUCUAUCUUUUUUUUCAACACAUAUCUU